AUGAAUGUUUCGAAGCUGUCAAAGGACUGCUCUCCUUUCACCCAGGCUGUGGUGACCUCUAUGAGGAAGCUGUAUCCCGAAGCAUUGGCAGACAAGAGCUUUGACAACACAGGAUUGCUUCUUGAAGCUCCAUUGGACCCCUCGCGACUGCAAAAGAACUCGGUCCUUCUAGCCAUUGACCUCACGACCGCCGUUGCCGAUGAAGCCAUUAAGAACAAAAACUCAGUUGUCGUUGCUUAUCACCCAAUCAUCUUCCGCGGCCUCAAGUCCAUCACCUUCGCCGAUUCCCAGCAGAAGUCCCUCCUCCGCCUAGCACAGCAUGGCAUCAGCGUCUACUCCCCCCACACAGCCGUCGACACCGUCCCAGGUGGCAUGGCCGACUGGCUCUGCGACGUCGUAACAGGCAACUUCACGUCUACCCAAGCAUCCAAAGCAAGCAUCCAAACCUGCCAGUCAUCCAUGUACACCGCUCCAUCCUACCCGACCUCCGCCAUCCCCGAGAUCAACGAAAGUCCUCAGGGCCCACCCCACACCAGAAGCACAAUCCACCCAUCCCCGCCAGACUCGAUCCCCGAAGGCUUCGAGUCCGCCGGCGCCGGCCGCCUCGUGACAUUCGAAACACCACAGGAGCUCACCACCCUGGUCGAUAACGUCGCCCGUGGCAUCGGCAUGCCAGGAGGAAUCCCCAUCGCCAUUCCCCAAGGUAGUUCCAUUGACCAGAUCCGCAUCCGCACAGUAGGCAUGUGUCCUGGAUCUGGGUCAGGUGUUCUUCUUCGCGGCAGUGAAAUACCUGACCUCCUUCUAACUGGCGAGAUGAGCCACCAUGAGGCUUUGGCUGCUACCGAGCGUGGCUCGGUUGUUAUCUCGCUUUCUCAUACAAACUCUGAGCGCGGAUACCUGCGCUCGGUUAUGCAGCCUAAGCUCCUUGGCGAGCUUGCGCAGGGCUGGAAGUCUCUGCUUGGCGAGACUGCGAAGGAGGGUCAAGCGGAGCAGACCGUAGUUGAGCUGGUUAAGAAGCAUGUCGAGCAAGGUGAGGUUCAGGUUUCUGUUAGUGAGGCUGACCGUGACCCGUAUGGAAUUAUGAUCUGGCGCGGCAACUAG